AUGCGGCCCCUCGCGCGGGCCCAGCUGCUGCUGCUGCUGCUGCUGCCGCCUCUCGCCCUGCCCGCGGCCGCCAGCGCCCCCGACGCGCCGGUGAGCGCGCGGCGGAGCCUGGUGUGGGGCCCGGGGCUCCAGGCGGCCGUCGCGGUGCCCGUCCGCUACUUCUACCUGCAGGCCGUGGGUUCGGACGGGCGGAACCUCACCCGAUCGCCCCCAGGUCAAACAUUAUUUAAAGUUGUGAUCAAAUCUCUUUCACCUAAAGAAACCGUCCGUAUUCAUGUGUCUAAGCCAUUGGACAGGAAUGAUGGCACAUUUUUGGUGCGAUACAGAAUGUAUGAAAGUGUGAGUGAAGGGCUGAAGAUAGAAGUCCUUUAUGGUAAUGAAUAUGUGGCUGAGUCUCCAUACAUUUUGAAAGGCCCAGUGUACCAUGAGUACUGUGUGUGUCCAGAAGAGGACCCCCAAGCCUGGCAGAAAACUCUCGCUUGCCCAAUCAGUGAACCCCAGAUCGAGAAAGAUUUUGCUUCUUUCCCCAGCAUCAAUCUCCAACAGAUGCUAAAUGAAGUUCCAACAAGGUUUGGGGGUGAGAGAGGUGCCGUUGUUCAUUACACAAUUCUCAAUAACCACAUCUACCGGAGAAACUUAGGGAAGUACACAGACUUCAAAAUGUUCUCAGAUGAGAUUUUGCUGUCACUGGCAAGAAAGGUCCUUCUUCCAGACUUAGAAUUUUACAUUAAUCUUGGAGAUUGGCCCUUGGAGCAUAGAAAAGCCAAUGGCACUCCAGGCCCUUUACCAAUCAUCUCUUGGUGCGGCUCUCAGGACUCCCGGGAUGUCAUCCUUCCAACCUAUGACAUCACUCAUUCCACGCUUGAAGCAAUGAGGGGUGUUACCAAUGACCUCCUCUCUAUUCAGGGAAAUACAGGGCCUUCCUGGAUCAAUAAAACAGAAAAAGCUUUCUUCAGAGGCAGGGAUAGCCGUGAGGAGAGGCUUCAGUUGGCGCAGUUGUCCCGUGAAAAUCCACAGCUCCUGGAUGCAGGAAUUACCGGGUAUUUCUUUUUCCAAGAGAAAGAAAAGGAGCUUGGAAAAGCUAAAUUAGUCGGUUUCUUUGAUUUCUUUAAGUACAAGUAUCAAGUGAAUGUGGAUGGAACUGUGGCAGCUUACAGAUACCCAUAUCUCAUGCUGGGGAAUAGUCUGGUUCUGAAGCAGGACUCUCCAUAUUAUGAACAUUUCUAUCAAGCGCUAAAGCCUUGGAAACAUUAUGUUCCAGUUAAAAGAAAUCUUAGUGAUUUACUAGAGAAAAUUAAAUGGGCCAAGGAAAAUGAUGAAGAAGCCAGGAAGAUUGCAACUGAAGGGCAGUUGACAGCCCGGGACCUGCUGCAGCCACACCGGCUUUACUGCUACUAUUACAAAGUCUUAAAGGCAUAUGCUGACCGUCAGUCUAACAAACCAGAAAUACGUGAGGGAAUGGAACCUGUUCCUCAGCCUGAUGACAGCAGCGCCAACUGCCAGUGCCACCGGAAUAAACCAGUAAGAGAGGAGCUCUGAGGCCUUGUCCCACAGUCCCCUCAGACACCAUCUCCUGUGCUUUUCUCUAUGUGUGGAUGGACUGACUGAGGAAGAGCAGCAUUAGCAAAUGUCUUCGGAUAUUCCUUUAAGUAAAAACUACUUCUCUCCAAAUUAUAGUUUCUCUUAGAAUAAAAUACAAGACUCACAGCAGGAAGAGAAACUUGUCAAGACAUAAGCACUUACAGAAUCUGUCCUCAUCAUGGUCAUAGGUUCGCUUUCUCUUCC